CGUCAGCCAGCGAUAAAUACAACUAAUAGAAAAGCGCGAAUUUUCAAACAAAAAAAGGAUAAAAAAGUAUUUUUUUUUUGUUGAAAUCCAGAAAUGCAAACACUUUUUACAUUAACAACGCUCGCGUGCCUGCUGGCGAUUCCAACAGUCACAAACGGCAGACCAUCAGCAAUGCCCAAUGCGGAGGCAACAAAAGAUUUGACGCAUGAAUUAGAAAGCAUAUUCCAACUUGGACCCGGCAUGGCAAUAUUCAAUACAGAGCAUUUCACUGAUGGACUGGAAGAAGAUGAAAUCGUGUGCAUCGAACGACACAUUGGCAAACCGUAUUGUAGAGAAGUGAUAAAUUACACGCUCAAACUGGAGAAUAUCGAACCCGAACAAUUCGAAGAAUUCAAAGACUACUUCAGGGAUGAUGUGUUGGCGGAAGAGAGUGUGGAAAGUCGUAUGGAUGUUGAUACGGCGCAAGAGGCGGCCAGCGGUAGUAAUACAAGUAUUAUUUAUCCUGAGGGCGUACUAGCUCAGAAUUCCAAAUGGUUGUUGGUGGUGCAACAUGAACACUACAAACAGGGUGUACGGUUAGAGGAGUGUGUUCUUCAACAGGAGGGGGAGCAUGCCUGCGCGGAGAAUAGCACUUUGCCACUUGCAGCGAGCGCAAAAUGUAAACAAAAUUUCAUUCAUCGAGAGAUGGUGGUGCUGGUGAAUGGUGUGAUGAAAGUUGAAAAGGUAGAAUUGCCAAACACCUGCGAAUGUACCAAGUGCGCAAAGGAAGCGUAGUGUUUUUAGGCUUUUAAGUGUAUUUAUUAAUUUAAAGUUAGUUUUAAUAAAUAUGGAUAAUUAUCAUAGUGUAAUUUGUAAAGUUGUUGUGAAAAAUUAAAUAUAUUUAAGAUGUUAAAAAAAUUAA